AUUGAUCCAAGAAAUCUCGGGUUUUCUGACUUUAGAAGUUUCUCUUUCGAAUGAAUAAAAAAAAAAAAGAGAGAAUGUGAACAGACCAAGAAUGAGGAAAUACUACAAACACAAAUGACAAAUCAAUGGGCUUCCUGAUUUAGGCCGGGGAUUUUAUAUCUGUGCUUUGUGGUUUUCCCUGUCGUAAACAUCAUAGAAAUUUUCGACAUUUUUUAGUAGAGUGACAGCUUACGGUAGAAUCAUAGGAAGAUUCACUGAUGUCCAUGUUUAUGGAUAUAUACUCAAGAAUCCUAGUUUUAUUAACAGAAUUCAUCCAGCUAUUCAUGUUGUACUGCUGAUGGAAAUCGAAGAGGAACAGAGAGUUUGAGAGUAUCAAAGAUGUCGGGGCCAACAGGGAGAAGAAAGCAGAAACUGAAAUGGAGCAAACUGUAUACAUUCUCAUGCUUGCGGCCGACUACUGAUGAAUCUGCGCCUACUGAGCGUCUUCUUGGGCAACCGGGAUUUUCUCGUGUGGUUUUCUGUAAUGAAUCUCAGCUUCACAAGAGCAAACCAAAUAAGUAUCCGAACAAUUAUGUUUCCACAACGAAGUACAAUCUUAUUACCUUUCUGCCAAGAGCCCUUUUCGAGCAGUUUCGCAGGGUUGCAAAUUUGUAUUUUCUCUUAGCAGCUAUUCUGUCUGUUACUCCACUGGCAGCUUUUAAUCCAGUAAGCGUGAUAGCUCCUCUCGUGUUUGUUGUGGGGCUUAGCAUGCUUAAAGAGGCCAUUGAAGAUUGGCAUAGAUUUUUACAGGACAGAAAUGUGAACUCUCGGAGGGUGAAGGUUCACGUAGGAAACGGUUUAUUUGUGCACAAAUCUUGGGAGUCUCUGUUGGUGGGAGACAUUGUCAAAGUUAGCAAGAACGAGUACUUUCCAGGUGAUCUUCUUCUCUUGUCUUCUAGCUAUGCGGAUGGUCUUUGCUAUGUUGAGACCAUGAAUCUUGAUGGGGAGACCAAUCUAAAAGCUAAAAGAAGCUUAGAAACCACACUUGAUCUGGAUGAGGAUGCAGCAUUCUGCAAAUUCAAAGCCACAGUCCGCUGUGAGGAUCCAAAUCCAAGCCUUUACACUUUUGUGGGCAAUUUGGACUUAGAGAAAGAAUCCUAUCCCCUGAGCCCAUCACAACUUCUCCUAAGAGACUCUAAACUUCGAAACACGGAAUUUGUUUAUGGUGUUGUGAUCUUCAGCGGACCGGAUACGAAAGCAAUCCGAAAUUCCACAAGAUCUCCAUCUAAACGCAGCAGAGUGGAGAGAAAGAUGGAUCAUGUGAUUUAUCUGCUCUUUGGUAUGAUGGUUUUGAUUUCUUUAAUCUCAGCUGUUGGCUCUGCGUUAUAUACAAAGUCUGGGAAUUCCAAGAUGUGGUACCUUCAGUUGCAUGAUGAUACUGAUAAUUUGUUCGAUCCUGAAGAUCCCAUGUCCUCAGGUCUUUUGCAAUUUGUGAGGGCCCUUGUGUUGUAUGGCUACUUGAUCCCAAUAUCUCUAUAUGUCUCCAUUGAAUUGGUCAAAGUUCUACAAGCUAUGCUGAUCAACAAGGAUCUUGCCAUGUAUGAUGAAACGACAGGGAAGACAGUUGAAGCUAGAACGUCCAACUUAAACGAGGAACUUGGGCAGGUGGAAAUGAUUUUAUCAGAUAAAACAGGGACCUUAACCUGCAAUCAGAUGGAAUUCAGAAAGUGUUCUAUUGAAGGGAUUUCUUAUGGUGGUGAAGUGACUGAAGUUGACCUUGCAGCUUCUCGAAGAAUGAACAUUAAUGUGGAGAGAUAUAGGUACAGCUUGGAUGGAUCUGAUUCCACAGGGCGAAGCAUCGAGAUGUUUGACCUUUCAACAGCUGAUGGUAGCACAGAGAAGGAUGUAUUGGGUUUCCAUCAGGGCUCAGAGGACACAAAGACAGGAAAUUCAAGAAUUUCAAGUUCACAGAAAGAAACGGCUGUCAAGGGUUUCAACUUCAGGGAUAAUAGGCUCAUGGACAAAAUGUGGAUUUACAGGUCCAAUGUAUCUGAUAUGAUCAUGUUCUUCAGAGUCAUGGCUCUGUGCCAUACAGGAAUUCCUGUCGAAGAAAAUAGAGGCAACAAAAUAAUGUAUGAGGCUGAAUCUCCUGAAGAGGUUGCAUUUCUGAUUGCUGCCCAAGAAUUUGGAUUCAAGUUUUGCCAAAGAACUCAGUCCACAAUGGUUCUUCAGGAGCUUGAUCCUUCUUCUGGAUUGGAGGUGAAGAGAGAAUACAAGCUUUUGAAUCUACUGGAAUUCAACAGCUCCAGAAAGAGAAUGUCAGUAAUCGUAAGCAAUGAAGAUGGAGAGAUCUUCCUUUUAUGCAAAGGAGCUGAUGAUGUUAUUUUUGAUAGGCUAGCAGAUAACGGUAGGACAUAUCAGCAGGCGACAGUUAUGCACCUUUCCAUGUAUGCUGAAGAUGGAUUGCGUACUAUGGUGUUUGCAUAUAAAAAGGUUGGGUUGCCUGAAUAUGAAAACUGGAGUUCAGUGUUCAGAAAAGCAAAGGCCACUAUGGGUCCAGAAAGAGAAGAAUUACUCGAGAAUGCCUCUGAAAUGAUUGAGAAGGAAUUGCUUUUACUAGGUGCUGUGGCAGUUGAAGAUAAGUUGCAGAAGGGGGUUCCUGAAUGCAUCGAUAAACUUGCACAAGCAGGGUUGAAGAUCUGGCUGCUAACUGGUGAUAAGAAGGAAACAGCAGUAAAUAUAGGAUUUGCUUGCAGUUUACUCCGGCAUGAUAUGAAGCAACUUCAUUUGUGCUUGAGGAAAGAAAGUCCUAGUAACCAGCUAAUGAAGGAUGUCAAAGAAGAGAUUCUGUGCCAGUUACAAAGUUAUAACCAAUUGAUCACUGAAGAAGACAGAGAGGGUGAUCCUUUUGCUUUGGUGGUAGAUGGAAAAGCUCUUGAAGUAAGUUUGAGCUACGAUGUGAGCAACCAGUUCUUGUCUGUGGCUAUGAGAUGUGAUGUUGUCAUAUGCUGCCGCGUGUCUCCCAAACAGAAAGCUUUGAUUACACGAACGGUUAAAAAGCAUUCUGGCAAGACAGUGUUGGCAAUAGGCGAUGGGGCUAAUGAUGUUGGCAUGAUCCAGGAAGCUGAUAUUGGAGUUGGAAUCAGUGGCAUGGAAGGGAUGCAGGCAGUAAUGGCAAGCGACUUCUCGUUGCCUCAAUUUCGUUUCUUGGAGAGAUUACUGAUAGUUCAUGGCCAUUGGUGUUACAAGAGGAUUUCCAAAAUGAUUCUGUAUUUCGUGUACAAGAACAUUGCAUUUGGCCUCACACUCUUCUACUACAACAUUUUCACUGGUUUCUCAGGACAGGACUUGUAUGAUGACUGGUACAUGGUCAUGUUCAAUGUACUCUUGACAUCUUUGCCAGUUAUAUCUCUCGGUGUCCUUGAGCAGGAUGUUUCCUCAGAUGUUUGUUUAAAGUUUCCUGCCCUUUACCAAGAAGGUCAAAGAAACAUUUGCUUCAGCUGGAAGAGAAUCAUCGGUUGGAUUCUUAAUGGAAUCUUGGCUUCUAUAGCUGUCUUCGCAAUAAACAUCUAUGUUCUCUUCCCUUCUGCAUUUGACAAAGAGGGAAACUUAGCAGACAUUGAACACAUCGGCACCAUAACAUACACAUGCAUAAUCUGGACAGUAAACUGCCAGAUUGCACUCAUGAUCUCCCACUUCACAUGGAUCAGCCAUUUCUUGAUCUGGGGAAGCAUUCUAUGCUGGUACUUGUUUCUCUACUCAUACAACAUCCUCCCUCCAACGUACUCGAAAAACGUCUUCGACAUCUUCACAGAACAGAUUGGACCUGCACCCUUAUACUGGAUCGCUACGUUGCUCGUUCUUGUCGGUUCACUUCUUCCAUAUUUCACGCACAUUGUCAUCCGACGUUCGUUUUUCCCAAUGGACGAUCAUAUAAUCCAAGAAAUGAAAUACUCAGGGACGGAUGUUAGAGACACACCGAUGUGGUUGAGGGAACAGGAGAAAUCCAAGCAGCUUACACAAGUGGGGUACUCGGCAAGAGUUGAUGCAAAAAUUAGGCAUCUCAAAGAGCAGCUGCACAGGAAGAGGAAAUCCUUUUACUUGUCUGUCACAAAUAGUCCUGUCUAUAAAACUAUGAUGCGCAGAGAAUCAAGUACACCACACUAAUUAUGUAUUCAUUUGAGGCAUGUCAUUCAUUCUUUCUGUUUCUGUUGUUAUAAGCUCAUAUCAAUCAAUUGUAAGUAGGUAAUUUUCUUCCAAACUAAUGUAAUCUUAGUAAUUUCUUGGGGUUCCCAUUUGAAAUCUUGGAAAUAAAUUGUCGUAAAUGCGUGCU